UUGGCUAUUAGACAAGAAAGAUCAACUAAGUCCUUUGGACCUGAUCGACUUAAUACAGGAGCUAGUGAGUUCAACGACUUCAGCCUGACUCUCCGAAAGAUGAAUUAUACAAGUUAUAUCUUAGUUUUUCAGCUCUGCCUGAUUUUGGGUUCUCCGAGCUACUACUGCCAGGCCACAUUUUUUACAGAAAUAGAAAACCUAAAGGAAUAUUUUAAUGCAAAUAGUCCAGAUGUAGCAGAUGGAAGGCCUCUUUUCUUAGAUAUUUUGAAGAAUUGGAAAGAGGAGAAUGACAAAAAAAUAAUUCAGAGCCAAAUUGUCUCCUUCUACUUCAAACUCUUUGAAAGCUUGAAAGAUAACCAGGUGGUUCAAAAGAGCAUGGAUGUCAUCAAGGAAGACAUAUUUGUUAAGUUCUUCAACAGCAGCACCAGCAAGCUGGAUGACUUCCAAAAGCUGAUUCACAUUCCGGUAAAUGACCUGAAGGUCCAGCGCAAAGCAAUCAGUGAACUCAUCAAGGUGAUGAAUGAUCUGUCACCAAGAUCCAACCUAAGGAAGCGGAAAAGGAGUCAGAGUCCGUUCCCAGGCUGGAGAGCGUCAAAAUAACGGUCGUCCUGCCUGCAAUAUUUGAAUUUCUAAAUCUAUUUAUUAAUAUUUAAUAUUUUACAUUAUUUAUAUGGGGAAAAUAUUUUUAGACUCAUCAAAGUAUUUAUAAUAGCAACUUUUAUGUAAUGAAAAUGAGUAUCUAUUAAUAUAUGUAUUAUUUAUAACUCCUGUGUCCUAUGACUCACUUGAAAUUUUUUAAAAUUUUUCUGAUUAACUAGGCAAGAUAUGUGAUUACAAGACUUUAUCUCAGAGACCAAUUAGGCAGUUCCAUUUAUUUCACUUGACAAUACAAUGAGCACUUAUAAAUGAAAUGAUGCCAUCCAGUCACUGCCUAUCUGAGCCCAUGUCUGCACUUGAGCCACUGCUUCUGUGGCAUGUCAGACAGCACUUGGAUGGAUCAAGUGAUAUGACUUGUCCCCGGAUAAAAACAUCAUCUCAUGCCUGGUGCUUCAGAAUAUCACUGACCACUGUGACUGCACCCAAAUGGAAAGUAAUCUCUUUGUUUAGUUUACCAAUAUUUAAUAUAUACAAAUAAAGUAUAA